UUUGACCCACAGCAACCGAAGAAUGUUUUAAAAUUCCUGUUGCUGGGCUUUGUGGCGCUUCAGCACUUUGAGAUUGGAGCUGGAUCCCGAAUACUGGCUGCAUUUUUCUUUCCCGGCAAAAGUCAUUUCAUGAUGACAAAUGCCAUUAUAAGGGAGUUGGUGCAGCGAGGACAUGAGGUGACCUUCAUCACACCAUUCACAUUGGCCAAUGAGAAUCUGGGUUCAAACUAUACCGAGGUGCUAUUGCCCCAAUUCAAUAUUUGGCGCACAAUUCUGGAAAUGUCCAAGGGAAAGUCAGUGCUGGACAUGACGGAUAUGGACACGUUGACCUUCAUUAAGAUGGCCAUGGUCAUGGGCUCGGAGACCACGAACUUUGCAUUCGAACAGAAGGAAGUGUUGAAUUUAAUUAAUGCCAAGGACAAGGUUGGCAAAUUUGAUUUACUAUUGGCUGAGCAAUUCUUCAAUGAGGGUGCCCUCCUGCUUGGACAUCUCUAUCAAAUUCCAAUCAUUACCAUGUCUACCUUUGGCUUUGCCAAUUAUUUGAGUCCCCUGGUGGGCAUUGUCACGCCCUGGUCAUACGUCUCCCACGGAUGGAAGCCCUAUUCAGAUCGUAUGUCCCUCUCGGAACGCAUUGACAAUGUUUACUCCUCAUUGAUGGAAGAUAUAAUUCGCCAGUUCUGGUAUUAUCCAGCACAGAAUGAGAUUCUGCAGAGACACUUCUCCAAGCAGUUCAAGGAUUUGCCAACUAUCAAGCAACUAGAGAGCAAUAUAUCUGUCAUUUUGCUAAAUGCACAUAUGCCAUUGGAGCCACCUAGGCCUCUUUCAUUCAAUAUGAUCCCCGUGGGAGGACUUCAUAUAAAGCCAGCUCAACCAUUGCCCACUGAAAUGCAAAAGUUCUUGGAUGAAGCUGAGCAUGGAGCCAUCUACUUUAGUCUGGGAUCACAAGUGAAAAGUGCUGAUUUGCCACCUGAGAAGCUGAAGAUAUUCCUCGAUGUUUUCAGAAGCUUGAAACAGCGCAUCCUGUGGAAAUUUGAAGAUGACAAAUUGCCGAAUAAGCCAGCUAAUGUGAUGGUGCAGAAGUGGAUGCCUCAAAGUGAUAUUCUGGCCCAUCCCAAUGUCAAGGUUUUCAUCUCCCAUGGAGGACUUUUCGGUACUCAGGAAGCAGUAUAUCAUGGCGUUCCAGUUCUUGGAAUGCCUGUCUAUGCCGAUCAGUAUCUUAACAUAAAUAAGGGCAAGGUUGCUGGAUAUGCCCUUGGUGUGGAUUACCGAACAGUUACAGAGGAGGAGCUGCGCUAUUCCCUCACUGAACUGUUGGAGAAUCCCAAGUACAGGGAUACAAUGAGGCGUGCCUCUCGCAUCUUCCGGGAUCGACCACUAAGUGCGAUGGAUACGGCUAUGUUCUGGAUCGAUUAUGUUAUUGAGCAUCGUGGAGCACCGCAUAUGGUAUCGGAGGGUAUUAAUCUACCCUGGUAUAAAUUCUAUCUACUGGAUAUCAUUGGAAUCGCCUUGGCCAUUGUGCUUUUGCCUAUUCUCGGACUGUUCCUCAUUUGUCGCAGUUUUAAAUCAAAUAAGAAGCAAAAACCAAAGUCCAAACGACACUAGUAAAGUUUCCAUUUGUAGUUAAUAGCACAUGGUUCUUUUUAAAUUCGAAAGAUUUCUCCCAUCAUUUUAAUUAGUUUGAAUAUUGUGAAAUAGGUUUUUAAAUAGUGGAACAUUUAUUGAAGUAAGUUUCCAUUGACAUCGUAAUCUUUUCACAGCACGCUUAUAAAUUUGAUAAGCUGCUAGCUGAAAUGCUUGCUGGAUUCUCAGUCGUCUCUGAAUCUCCGAUUGAAUCGGUUGUUCGAUUUGCGAAGUGCGCGAAGAGAAUCGAAAAUGGUGUGUUUACGAAUUAAUUAAACUAAACGAAUUAAUUAAACUAAAUUGAAUGUACAGUAACACGCUCUCAGCCACUUAUCAGUGAAGCGAAUAAAAAUUGUUGACUAAUGCUGAAAUUUCAAUUAGCAAGAGCAAACUUAAUUGGAGUGUUUUUGUAACAAAUCUCUUUUAGAGAUCUUUGAGUAAUUCUCUUUAAUAAGAAAACAAUGGCUUUUCCAGCGCCAACACUUUAAAUUACAUAAAAAUCAAAUAUUAUGUAAAAUUAUUUCUAACAUAUCAGUAAAUAUCAGCAACACCUCUAAUCUAAUUAAAGCAAUAGAUAUUUAUAGUAGCACUUAACACUCAACGGAUAAUAACUGUACAUAAUAAAAAUAAAUAUAUUAAAGACAUUAAACAUUUAAGCAGUUGGCACUGAAAUGGAAAAUAUUAAUAUAGUCAAUGAAAAGAU